CAUUUAUUUUGAAAGGGUCUGACAGUUGUAAGUCGGAAGUGUGGCUUUAGCCUAGCGCGAAUUUUCUUCAGAUGGUCUUUCAAGUUUGCCUAUAGAUUGUCAACCUCGUCAUAGCAUCUCACAGUGAGUGGAAGAGCCAAAUAAGAAAUGGCGGAUGGCGGAGAUCUAAUGGACGGUGAUCUGGAAGAUGGGGAGAUCUCCGGGUCCGGCUCGGACACUGAGAUGGGAACCGUAGCAGCAACACAAGGUGGAUCCCAGGUUCCUCCGUCUUUCAGUGGCCAGUCCUUCCAGAACAGAGCCGCAGCCCAGCCGCCUGCCGCCGCCUACCGCAGCGCUGGCAGGACGGUGGAGUCCAGCGACAGUGACCCGGAUUCGGACGAGGAGGCGGCUGUUUGGCGCCGGAAGCGCCAAAAAGUGUCCAACACUCCCCAGCCGCCAGCCUGCACUGCUCGGCCAGGGCCAACACGCCUGCCUGCCUCUAGCGCGUUGGGAGGCCGUAAGGUGAACAACAUUUGGGGCUCCGUGGUCCAGGAACAGUGCCAGGAUGCCAUAACUGCAGAGCUUGGCAUAUUUGGCAUGGAAGGUGAAGUUAGCAUGGCCAGCAGGAAUGUAGAGACUUAUAACUUUGUCCUGGCUCGUAAGAUAAUGGAGAAGGAGAGGGAGAUGGAGAGGCAGUCAAAGGAUGAAGGAGAAGUGAGCAUGCUGGAUGCCCAGCUAGAGGAGUACAUGAAGAGCCGGGGGUCAGAGGAGAGGGCAGGAGGUGACGCAAAGAGGAAGAGGCCAGCUAAAGAGAGACUGGGCCCCAGAGCAGAGAUGGACAUCAAGGGCCGCUAUGAGAUCACAGAGGAUGACCCUGAGGAUAAAGUGGCAGAUGAGAUCGCACACAGGCUGCAAGAGCCUAAGAAAGACCUGAUAGAGCGUGUUGUUAAAGUGGUCGGAAAGAAAAAAGCCAUAGAGCUGCUUGGAGAGACGGCUACACUGGAGGAAACUGGUGGAGUAUACACCAUGGACGGCAGCAGGAGACGAACACCUGGUGGGGUGUAUCUCAACCUGCUGAAGAACACACCCAGCAUCACCAAGGCCCAGAUCAGACAGAUAUUCUUCGAGGAAAACCAGAAGGAGUACAAGAGCAAGAAAGCCGCUCAGAAGAGGAGGCGGCACGUGGUGGCCAAGAAAAUGAAGCAGGCCAUCGGCACACUGAACUUGCAAGAGCACGAUGACGUCUCCAGGGAGACUUUUGCCAGUGAUACCAAUGAGGCCUUGGAGUCAUUGGAGGAGGCUGCAGAGGAAGAGGAGGAGGGUCAAGAGGAAGCUGCUGUGGGCACUGAGGAGACAGCAGUGGUCUACAACUCUGCAGACCUGGAAGUCUUCUGAGGGCUGCCUGCUGUUUGAACUCAAAGAAGUCUGAAAAAGGAUGAUAUGGAGUAAAAUGAAAAUGAAACACUGAAAGCACUGUAUAGGUGAUGACUACAGGAUCACACCUGAGUGUCUUUUUUUACCUUAGCAAUAAAAUGGGAGCUUAAAAUAUAGUUUUUGUUUGGUACAGCAUGGAUUUAUAGAUUUCAGCACAUAUAAUCGGAGUAAGACUCAUAAGUUUGAUUUGUGAUACAAAUGUUGUUUGCCCUUAAAUCAAAUUCUAUAACCUUCAACACCUUGAGUUGUUGCAGCAUAUAUGUUGUUGAUUUUCACAUCAAUGUCUGUGCUAUAAUUUUCAUUAUUAGAGACUGAGGUCUUGAGUUGUUAAAUUCAUUUGUUUAACUGUUCUUGGAAGAUAAAUAAAGGUGACUCAGGUAAAAUUAUUAAAAAAAACAGGUGCUUUGUACACUUC